AUGUCACGUACAGUGGUAGUGUUCUACAUAUUCCUGAUCUACACGACGGGGGCGUUUAGCAGAAACCUGGAUAGGAGUUAUUACUACGAUAUUGGGACGAAACCUUUGGGCGGAGUCGAACCGACCUCUCAAACAGAUGUUCUUUUUGUCUACGAUCCUGUGGAUCUGAAUCAAAUCACGUUUCCAGGAGAUAGAGUGACCAGAAUGCCAAGCAGAAAACAUGUGCCUGAAAGUAAGAGGAAAGUAGUAGGUGAUAAAACCGUGUGUAUGGGUUCAGUGACGCUGAUGGCCCUUUGUUAUUGA